AUAUAUACACAUAAUAUAUUAAUAAAAAUAUAAUAAUACAAUAUGUUAUUCUAUUUGAUUCUCUGUACAAUAUGUUAUUGUUGUGCAUAUUUUAUUAGAUUUCUUUUUUGAAAUGGCCAGAAAUUUUGGUUGGUUGUAAAUUUUUAAUAACCGCUCUUAAGUAUAUAAAACAUACAGAAUUUAAUAUUGAAUUUCGUAAAUCUUCUUGUAGAUGAUACAUGUGAUUGUUAAAGUUUGUUAAUGUUCUAUAUGAAACCGUAUUCAAAAAUUAUAUAAAAACCAAAGAAAUAAAUUUACGCACUUCAGUCAAAAUAUAGAAAUAUUUGCAUUGAAUCACUAAUUUUCUCGACGUCUUUGAUGAAAUAAUAAUCAUAAUAAUAAAAUAGUAAUCUUACUAAUGUUGUAAUAAUAAUUCAACAUCCUCAAGUGUAUUUUUUUGCGUUAAUUUCUGAUAACUGUAUGAUAAUAUUAGUGUUGCAUAUUUGCAAAAAAAAAAUGAAAUAUAUAUCGAAAUUAUAUAUUUAUUAAUAUUAUUUUGUUUGGCGUUGGAAAAUUUGUUUCAUUAUACAAUAGAACUACUAUCUAACUUCAAACGUGUAUAAGUCAUAUCUCUCAAGUAUUCCUAGUCGUUCUCUAACAAUCUUAAGUUUUCAAUAGGGCUGAUAAUAGUACGUUCAUGUCAAAUACUCGCCUUGACAGAUAUUAUGUGUAUGUACAAUAUCGAAUAAUAUUGUUUCCUAACAUUUAUUCUCUUUAGAUUGUGACAAAUAAUUAAAAUAAAAGAUGAACAUACGCUCUCUUUCUUUUUCUCUUUCUCUUUCUUUUUCUCUAUUUUUCUGAUGUACAUAAGAGUCAUUAUGUAUUUAUUAAAUUAAACGUAUUAAUAGGAAAGUGGUGUAAGUUAAGAAAUUUAUUAACUAAAUGAAUAUUUUAUUAUGAUGCAGAAUCAUAAUAAAGUAUCUAUAAUGUAAGAAACGCAAAAAUACGUGGCGAAACUACAUGAAUGGAUUCUUCAUUUGUAGAGAAGAAUAAUAAGUUAUGUUAAAAUGGCUCCGGAAAUGCUUAAUUUCUGAAUUAUACGACUUUCAAGUAUGAUUUUUGUAUACACCAUACACAAUACAAAUUAUGUUUGUUUGCUAGGAUUAUAUUACAAUACACUUUGUUGAUAAUUUCUUAUGUGAAAUAUUCAAAAUGUCCGCCAGCCCGAAUAUAGAUUUCAUUUUGUCAUUUCAUUGAGUUUCGAAUACGUUUGGGUACUUAUGGUUGUUAAUACGGUAAUCCAUUUGUAGAUAUUACAGACAUUCAGUACGGAAAGAAAUUCAGUAGAUGUAAUUACAUAUUUUAACAUGAUGUAACUAGUGUUUUGGUUUUAAUUUCAGCAAAUAAAAUAAAAAUAAUAGGUAUUUACCAACAAUAAAAUCAUGCUUGAAAGAUUUAUAACUUAGAAAUUAAUCAUAAUUUUGGGGCUUAUUUUGAUGUAAUUGUAGGAGUCUAUUUUUUCUCUAUAUAUGAGAAAUUCAUUCGUAAAAUUUUGUCACAUAUUUUUGUUACACUUUUUAUAUAUUUGAGAAAAUAAAAAGCUACAACUCAAUUAUAAACUCUUUGACUCGCAUCACUUUCGUUUUAUGUGAUUAUUAAUUUUUAAAUGUAAUUACGUUAACUUACAGAGCGUUGUAUCUGCAUUCUCAUGAAAUUCGUCCCUGAGUAUGACAGUUCUGAUUCCUCAGCUGAUCAAAAAAAUACUCCGUUGUUGUAUUAACAGUAAUUAACAUCGAGAUUAUCGAAAUGAAUAAAAUACAUCCAUGCGUUCUUACACAUCCGAGAGUAUAUGCAUAGAACGUAGAAAAAAAUUUAUUAGCAACGGCACGUUAACAUAGUAUUUUAAAUGAUGGUUUUAGAAUAGUCUUAGAAAAAGCGUUUAUAUAUUUUUCGUUGUUAUUGACUACGUCUGCAGUAAUAGCCCAGAAUUUUACAUUUCUCACAGAGGUGUUGAGGAUGUUCUUUACUCUGAUCGGACACGUCUAAGCCGUCGGGUUGUUCUAAUGGUCUCUGAAAGUAACAUGGAAGUAUAACGAAAGAAAAAUUGAAUAAAAUAGAAAAUUAUAGAAAAUAAUUCGAUAAUUAUGUUAAAGAGAACUGUUAGAAAAAUUGAUAAUAUUUUUAUGAUUAUACGAAAUUAAUAAGUAUUAUAUUCUGUAUGUUAUUUAACAAAAAAAAAUAUGUAUAUAUUUUUUUUUUAAUAUAGAAAGAAAUUCCCGUGAAAAGGAAAAGGAAAGUUCGUCCUAACAUAAUCAUUCGAUGAAUCCGCUCAAGUAUUUCUGUACGGUAGUCGAUGAGCCUGAGCGCGACUAUGUAACUAUAAUUAGAUUUUGCCCGUUUUCACAUACAUAUCUGCGAGCAUAAUACUUCAGCAAAAUAACAAGAUAAUUUAUUUGAUAUAAACAAUAUCAUAAUAGUAUGUAACUGCAUUCGAAAAAUUUCUAAGAUCAUGUCUCAUUAUGGGAAAUUGUCAAAAGUCCAUUACGACAGUCUCACCUGUUUAUGAGGAUACACGUUAAUAUGACACUUCAUGCAUUCUUGACCCAUAUUAGCCCAACUAUUGCCUGACAUCCAUUUACGUUUGCAUUUCGGACAUUUGUAUUCUCCGAAACAUCUUUUUUUACCUUGAUAAGGUGUAAGACCUUCGCCUUUUGGACGAGCCUAAAGUAGGAAGUUAUUUUAUAUUUUAAUUGGAUGAAAAAAAUAUUUUUUUAAUCAAAAAAACAAUGAUAAUUAGUCUAUCAAAUAUAUAAGUUUUUCUAUUUAACGUCUUGUUUGGUAAAGAGAGAUCAAGAUAAGAUCAUCGUAUGACUUAGCUGAAUUACAAAUAUAGAGACUAAUUGUAUGUGAAAAAAAAAAGAAAACAAUAAUUAAUACCGUCGUUAACGCGAUUGUAGAAAAUAAGGAGAUAAUUUAAAAUUGUAAGAAAACGUAUUAUUAUACUGUUCAAAGUAAUAGUAACGUAUUACAAUACGGAUCGUAAAGAUUCAUAGAAUGCCUUUCGAAGCAGUAUUCGUGACGUCAUCAACUUCAGAGGAGUCGUUUGUUGUCUCAAUUAGCGCUCAAUUGAUCGUCGUAUCACGCUGUUAUAUCAAGGCACGCGCAUCGUUUACGAACGGCCAUGAAUUUAUGGGUUUCACGAAUGAAUUUAAGAUGAUUGCCAAUGAUCGAUUGGACAGUGUCCUCAAUAACAUGAAAGAAUAGAUUAAAAAACAAAAUGGAUAAAUACGAAAAUAUCGAAAUCGUCGGUGAAGGUAGUUACGGUGUCGUGAUGAAAUGUAGACAUCGUGAAACCGGCCAAGUGGUCGCGAUAAAAAAGUUUUUAGAAACAGAAGAGGACGCUCAAGUUCGAAAAUUGGCCCUACGAGAGAUUCGGAUGUUGAAGAAACUGCAUCAUGAGAAUAUCAUCGAUAUGAUCGAGGUUUUUCGCCGUAGAAAAAGAUUUCAUUUGGUUUUCGAAUUCUUGGAUCACACUGUCCUCGAUGAAUUAGAACGAUCUGCUGAUGGCCUCGGAUUAGAAGUUUCGAAACGUUAUAUUUUUCAAGUACUUCGUGGCCUGAAUUUCUGUCACAAUAAUCACAUUAUGCACAGAGACGUCAAACCAGAGAACGUCUUGGUCUCGUCGAACGGUGUGAUCAAACUCUGCGAUUUUGGUUUCGCACGAUUGAUCAGCAGCUCGAAAGAAUCCUAUACGGAUUAUGUAGCGACGAGAUGGUAUCGUGCACCGGAACUUCUCGUUGGUGAUUCGAGAUAUGGCAAAGAAAUUGAUAUUUGGGCGGUCGGUUGUCUUUAUGCUGAAAUGAUGACUGGUGAUCCAAUUUUUCCAGGAGACAGUGACAUCGAUCAGCUUUAUAGAAUUACUAAAGUCCUAGGAAGUAUUCACGGUAGACACCAGGUAUCAAUGGGACAAAACUUUCUUUUCAGGCCAUUACGAUUUACUACUGUUGACGAGCUCAUGAUUUCACAAGAACCAUUAUCUUUACGAAAUCUCUUUCCUUCGUGGAGUUCUGUGAGCUUGGACUUUCUUUCACAGUGUCUUCGUAUGGAUCCAGACGCUAGACCCAACUGUUCCGCUUUACUCGACCAUUUUCUUUUCCUUCAGGAAAAUUUCAGUAAGAAAUUUCUUAAAGAGUUAAAAAUAUAUAUCGCUAAGGAGUCGUAUUUAAAUCCAUUUUCGAGAAAAAAGAUCCAGGAUCGAAAAGCCAGCAUACUUUCAGCUAAGCAAAAUUUUAGAGUUUGCCACGGCAGCGCUGGAAAAUGGCAAAUGACGAUCUUAAACGAUACCAAAGAAUUACGCAACAAGAUAGAAUUUGAUAAUACCGUCGAAGAAAUACAACGAAAGUUAUCGGCUUUGCAAAUCAGUCGUCCGCGAGAAGUUUGCUACUUUGGUCCGGUUUCCGUGAUGCCUAAUACGACUUAUAUACAAAGGUUGGAGCUUAAAGGUCUUCGAAUAAAAAAUUCGAAGGGUUGUUCUUUACCAGCCUUAAGGCCAAAAGAUUCGAUACAAGCGAAAAUGAAUAGCAAGAGAAAGAGGCUGGAUUUGCCUUCUGUCGAUCAUUAAAAAUGUACGUUUAUUCCUUAAUUAGUCUUCAUUGCUUUAUUAUAUCUUUUUUACUUUACUUUUUCUUUCUUUUUUUUUAAUUUUUUAAUAAGUGUCUUUUAAUUACGGGAUGGACUUAGUAAGGGUCGAUGAAAGUAGGUACGAAAAUUUUUUAUAAUUCAUAUAAUUAAACUUGGAAUUAUAGUCAAUAUAAUAUAUAAAGGGACUUAUAUUCAACUUAUUUUAAUUAAUUAAUCGUCCAAUUAGGUUAAACAUUUACAGAGCGUUACAUGCGUGAACUUUUUCUUUUGAUAGUAAGAAUUUUAUGAUAAAAUAGUAUUAUGAAAUCAUUACAGAGGUUAUGAUUUUUUUCCCUAUUGAAUAUCUGCGUGCAUAAUUUUGAUAUAUUCUAUAGAAUACAUAGACGAAUUUUAUUGACAAUGAUUUACAUAAUUUUUGAUUGACGAAUAAAAUAAUUCAUUACGAUGUAAGACAAAAUAUCGAAUGAUAUUAUACGAAUUAUAUAAUACGGAAUUAUAGUAAUACGGAAAGGUAGAUUUUGGGUGUGGUUGAGUAUGAGAAAGUAGAGAUUAUUAACGAAGUUAUCCCUUCGGUGGAACGACAUGAAUAUAUUUUAUAUUUUCACAAAUUGUAAAUAAAAUGGAGUCUUAUUUAAUACGUUUA